GAAGGAAGUGUUAGAAGGUGGAGGAGGUAAACGAAUAGGAGGAAGAGGAAGAGGAGGUAAAGGAAUAGGAGGAAGAGGAACGGGAGGAGGAGGGGGUGGAAAAGAAGGAGGAAGAGUUAGAAUGAGGGAGAGGAAGAAGGCGAACGAGAAAGAGGAGGAAAUAAAGGAGGAAAGGGAGGAGAAAGAACAGAAAAUAAAAGAGGAGGAAGAGAAGGACCGCAACAAAAUAAAGGAGAAGGAGAAAGAGAAAGAGAAUCAUCAACAAAACCCAUUAACUUCUUCAUAGGCGUUAAGUACGACAAUAGCAGAACAUGUACGAAAUCAAUACCAAAUUCUUCACACAUCAACCAAACAUUCUUCAAGCUGACCUCACUCCUUUGAACAAACCAGUAAUGCCAUGAUCAAUAUAUUUAUGAAAGCCUUACUUAAAGCGUGACAAGGGAGCAAGUGUCUGACAACGUCCGGUUCAUGGGGCUGCCUUUAGAGAACACAAUGAAAGAGAGCGUAAUGAAUAUCUGCAGGUACUUGGAGGUGCAUAAACAUGAUAAUAAAUGUGUGAUUGAUUCCUGACACGCGAAUUUUGAAUGCUACACGCCAGAGGAACAGAAUAGCUGAUGAUUUAGUGUAGUAUGUAUUUAGUGCAGAAAAAAAAAAAGAAUAAAAAAUGGUUCUUUCUUUCUGUGUGUGUGCUGCAGUAGAGAGUGCAGCAGAUAGACAGACAGGCUUCAACACUUGCCAGCGUCAGUCACUGCUGGUCAAACGAAGGAUCAUUAUAUUCACUGCACUGCACCUCCUCAACCUCCAAAAAGGCUUUACUAGUUGAAGUGACACGGAUUUUUAAGAGUGUUAUUACGGUUCUAGUGAUAGAUUAACGAGAUAUGAUCAGGAGAAACACUCUUGAGAAGCCGGUUAAUCAUCCCUAUGGCCUUUGAAAACAGUCUUGGUGAGAGAGCACAGCGUUUCAGAAUACGGACCAGAGCCUGAGGAUUGGCGAUAUUAACACCACUGUCAUGCAGGGGGCGGUGCUGCUCCUUGCGGGUGCUAUUGCGGCCACACCACCUACUGACCCAUGGCCCAUAAGCGUCUUGGAGGACCUAGUCACUGGCCCCCUCGCAGGAAGGCCUCUGGUAGUGUAUCUGGACGAGACUCUUGGCUUCUCAACGUCCCAGCUGAUCCGCUCUGCCUUCCAAGGCGUGCCUCUAGUGCUGGCGGAUCUCAGGAUACAAGGGAAGGAGUGGUGCGAGCGGCAGACGCAGGAGGUGCUAGGAGCGGGUUGGCUGGUACACCUCGUGCUGCUCGGUUCAAACGCAACGGUCUUUUUUGAGGAUUUAGCAACGGUGGAGUGCAACUGGCAGCCUCUGUACUUGCUGUUAGUGAAUACACGGGGUGGUUCUCCCGAUGCACUGAUGGAGGAAGCGUUCAGUAGAGUAGAGCACCUUGCUUUGCUGAGUGUGCAGGAUCGAGCGUCUAACUCUUCCCUCUCCACUUUCAUCUACUCAUUCUUCCCCUUCUCGCAUCAGGCACCAGUAAGACUCACCGGGAUAUGGAGCACCAGUACCUCACUGCAGCACCUCUUCGUGGACCGGUUCCCGUCCUUCGAGGGGUACCAGUUCCAGAUUGCCUCGUGGGUCGAUGACUAUCCUUACCUGUACCUCACCAGCGGCGAGACGGACGACUUGCGUCAGGUGCGGGAGCUGCAGACAGGCGAGGCGAGCGGACUGCAAGUGGAGGUGCUGGAUACCCUUGGCUACACACUUAACUUCACCUACACUAUGAUGACACGGCCUGAGGAUUGGCUAUGGGGGGAACUGCAAGAUGGGGCGUGGACUGGGAUGCUAGGGAAGGUACACAGCGGAGAAAAGAACUUCACUGUUAAUUUCUUCGGAUAUAAUCUUGAGAGGACGCGGGCUUUCGACGCCAGCUCGCCUUACUGGAUGGAGGGAUACGGCCUGACGAUCCUCGCUCCGCCGCCGCUGCCCAAGUGGCGUGCCGCUUACUACCCCUUCAAUGUCUUCGUGUGGGGGUGCUGUGUGGCCGCCUUCCUGCUGGUGGUGAUUGGGUGGACGCUGCAGGGCGGUUCGUCAGGCGGAGAUGGGAAAGGAUGGUUGUACCUCCUCCGCCCACUCUUGAACCAAAGCCUGCCUACUCUCCCAUCCUCCCAGGGGCUGCGUAUCUCCAUAGCCACUUGGUGUCUCGCAGCCUUCAUCCUCACCACUGCCUACACCGCUAACCUGUUCGCCUUCCUUUCCGUGCCUGCCUUCCCUCCACGCAUUCGCACUGUUGAGGAACUGGCGGAGAGUUCAUUGAGAGUAACGAUGUGUGACUAUGGGGAGUUCGUGCCGGAAGCCCUCAAUGUGUCCGGCAACCAGUACUACCGCGCGCUGGGCACCAAGCUGGACCUGCACGAGGAAUACAACAACACGCUGCCGCUGCUCAUCAACGGCUCCCACGCCUUCCUCGAGAGUUACUCCUACAGCAGGAUCCUUCUUAAGCUCAGUGACUAUGACGUGAGCGCCACGUACAUGUUGAAGGAGCAGCUGUACCCGGCCCACCUGUGCUGGUAUUACAAGAAACACUCGCCUUGGAAGCACAGGCUGGAUCGCGGCUUGGUGAGGCUCGUGGAGGCUGGCUUGGUGGGACACUGGAUUCAGGAGAAGACCAACCAGCUACUAGGACGUGGCUGGCAGAGUGAAGACGGAGGGACACGCCAGGACAGCCCUCUCUCGCUCCAGCACCUUCAGGCUCCCUUUCUCAUCCUCCUCCUCGUCCUCCUCGUCAGCGUCCUCGUCCUCCUUGUUGAAAUCAUUCUUCACAAGUUAAAAGAAGGGUCAGGAUGCGUAACUUCCCAAACUCUUUCCUAUAACUUGUGGAAACUUCAACAUUGUAUCACCAGGGAAAUACGCUGAAUAACUGGAUGUAUAUAUAGCUUUUAUGUAAGAGGGGCACUGGCCAAGGGCAAUAAAAAG